UCCAAGCAGUAAAGUCACCCGUCUCAUUUCUCUUUUCAUAGCAUUAUUUUUCGGAUUCAUAUCCCGUGCAAUACCCGAAUGGGAUGCAAUAGCUUUAAUAUCAGCCAUAGAUUAAAUCCAAUGCUCAAAAUAUUGAUAUGUUCUCUGUCCAAGCUGGCAAUCCGCAUGCCCAUCUAUUUCUCUUCUCUUUUUCAGUUUUCACUUAGCAACAGUUUACCCAAAUGAUUUCAGAAAAAUUCUCUCUCCUCUCUUUUUUCUCUCUCACUCUUUCACUUCCACCAGCGGUUUUUCUCUCUUUACCUCCCUCUCCCUAACGCUCCUCUCUUGGUCUGUCGGAUUACCCUGAAACCCACAAAUCUCUUUCCCCACCACCGCCCACAGUAUUCUCUGAAACCCACACUAUGCUCUGAAAUCUUCUAAAAGCAGUAGAUGGUGUCAAUCAACUGCUUGUUGUUUGUCUCCGUUGAAGUCCGACUGUUUUGGGUAUGGUUGAUUGGUUUGGAUUUUUGGGUUUCAAAUGAAUGGCAGUUUACAGACUUGAGGGUUGAUGUCAAAAUGGGUUUUGAUAUGAGCAUGUGUUUUAUUUUAUUGAGUAAAUACUAAAUACUAAAAUGCAUGUCAUUGUGUGCGUGAGUGAUCGAGUGUGAGUGAAAUUUGUAUUUAUGCUUAAAUUAGUGUAAACACAUGGAGUAGACUACCGGCCUUAAAAUCUGAGAAUGUGAAGGGUUAGUUCUAUGAAAUAACCUUGUCGUUUUUGUUUUUUUUUUUUUUCCUUUGCUCUGAUCUUUGUUAUUAUCUUGCUUCUUUGCUCUGAUUUUUGGGCGGGGGUGAGGUUAAAAUGUGAGGCGUUUGAUUAAAAAAGUAAAAAAAAUGGUUUAGUUUGGCUUUUAAACAAUUUUUAAAAUUACUUUAUAUGAUUUUGAACUAGUUUAGGUUUAUAUUUUUUUUGUUUAGACUAAGUACAUUUUGGUUAGCUUCUAAAUACAAUCAUACACAAGGACCUUAGAGGUACGUGGAUUAUGCAUAUUUAAGUUCAAUUUGAUACAGUAAAGAAGCUUGGCCUAAGAAAAUUAGACGCAGCAAUGGAAUAAAGAUGGAUUUGCACAUAUAAUAUGAAGAGAUGAGCAAAGAAAAAGAGAAUGUUAACCUUUUUAAUUUUUUUUUCUCCUUGAUGGUUGAUUUAGGGAUGUAAUCUCACAAGUAUACUUGUUUUGGUGGUCCUAGUUAAAAAGAGGGGAAAAAGGAACACACACACACACACAAAGAGGCUUUGGAGAGAGAUUGUGUGUAUUUCAGGAUAAUAUGCAUAGGGUAUUUUGUGACAGAGUUGAGACUAUUGAAAAUGACAAAUUGGGUGAUAAUGUUACUUCAAUUAUGACUACUAUAUGGUUUCUGAAAAAUUACUUCGAUAUUGAUUUUUCAGAUUAUGGUGUGUCUUCAUAUGAUUUAGGAACUGGUUUUGGUCAUUUUGCUAUUGCAACUCCAGAUGUUUACAAAUUGGCUGAAGACAUCCGAGCCAAGGGUUGUGUUGUCACUAGAGAGCCUGGUCCUGUUAGAGGUGGACAACCUGUUAUUGCCUUUGUGAAGGAUCCUGAUGGUUAUGUUUUUGAGCUUAUCCAUAGAGGUCCAACUCCUGAGCCACUCUGUCAAGUAAUGCUUCGUGUUGGUGAUUUGGAAACUGUUGGCACCAUCUAUUUUAAGUGAAUCUUUGCCCGUGGAUGUGUAUAUUUUAUUAGAACUCUUGUUAUCAUUAUUAUGUUCUUGUAAUCAAAGUUUUCAUUUCAAUAUAAGUUUUCAGUCUUGGAUCAAAUCCUUUUCUUGUUUAUCUUUCGUCUCAUGUAUCAAUUUGUGAUUGUAAUGCAACAUCAAAAUUGUUCUACUAGUUCAACUUGAAGCAUUAGAUAUUAAAAAUAAAA